AUGCCAGAACGGCUCUGGGAAGCGCUCUGGGAUCUCUGGACUCCGUUACUAAUACUAUGGAUUACGCUCCUCCCGCCCUGUGUUUACUCUGCACCCACCACUCCUGCUCCUGCUCUGAUGAGUGGAUCCCGUCUGGAACUCAGCAGGCUGAGCGAAGAGCAGCGGGUCCUGAACCGCUCCAAGCGAGGCUGGGUGUGGAACCAAAUGUUUGUCCUGGAGGAGUUCUCUGGACCCGAACCCAUUCUUGUAGGCCGGCUGCACACAGACCUGGAUCCUGGGAGCAAAAAAAUCAAGUAUAUCCUGUCGGGCGAUGGAGCUGGGACAAUCUUCCAAAUAAAUGACAUAACGGGAGAUAUCCACGCCAUAAAGAGACUGGACCGGGAGGAAAAGGCGGAGUACACCCUCACAGCCCAGGCAGUGGAUUUUGAGACCAACAAGCCCCUGGAACCUCCUUCAGAAUUCAUUAUUAAAGUUCAAGACAUCAACGACAACGCGCCGGAGUUUCUUAAUGGACCCUAUCAUGCGACUGUGCCGGAGAUGUCCAUUUUGGGUACAUCUGUCACUAAUGUAACAGCCACUGAUGCUGAUGACCCAGUUUAUGGCAACAGUGCCAAGUUGGUGUACAGUAUCUUGGAGGGACAGCCUUAUUUUUCCAUUGAGCCCGAAACAGCAAUUAUAAAAACUGCCCUUCCCAACAUGGACAGAGAAGCCAAGGAGGAAUACCUGGUCGUCAUCCAAGCCAAAGAUAUGGGUGGACACUCCGGGGGCCUGUCUGGGACCACGACACUGACAGUGACUCUUAGUGAUGUUAACGACAAUCCUCCAAAAUUUGCCCAGAGUCUGUAUCACUUCUCAGUACCUGAAGAUGUGGUUCUUGGCACUGCCAUAGGCAGGGUAAAAGCCAAUGAUCAGGAUAUUGGUGAAAAUGCACAGUCGUCGUAUGACAUCAUAGAUGGGGAUGGCACAGCAAUCUUUGAAAUCACCUCUGAUGCCCAGGCUCAGGAUGGCAUUAUAAGACUAAGAAAGCCUCUGGACUUUGAGACCAAAAAAUCCUAUACGCUGAAGGUGGAGGCCGCUAAUGUCCACGUCGACCCGCGAUUCAGUGGCAGGGGGCCCUUCAAAGACACGGCCACGGUCAAAAUUGUCGUGGAGGAUGCCGAUGAGCCUCCUGUCUUCUCUUCACCCACCUAUCUCCUCGAAGUUCAUGAAAACGCCGCCCUGAACUCCGUGAUUGGGCAAGUGACCGCGCGGGACCCUGAUAUCACUGCCAGCCCUAUCAGGUUUUCCAUCGACCGGCACACUGACCUGGAGAGGCAAUUCAACAUUAAUGCAGAUGAUGGCAAGAUCACGCUGGCCACGCCACUUGACAGAGAGUUAAGUGUAUGGCACAACAUCACGAUCAUUGCUACUGAAAUUAGGAACCACAGUCAGAUAUCACGAGUACCUGUUGCUAUUAAAGUGCUGGAUGUCAAUGACAACGCCCCUGAAUUCGCAUCCGAAUAUGAGGCAUUUUUAUGUGAAAAUGGAAAACCCGGCCAAGUCAUUCAAACGGUGAGUGCCAUGGACAAAGACGAUCCCAAAAACGGACAUUAUUUCUUAUACAGUCUUCUUCCAGAAAUGGUCAACAACCCGAAUUUUACAAUCAAGAAAAAUGAAGAUAACUCCCUCAGCAUUUUGGCCAAGCAUAAUGGAUUCAACCGCCAGAAGCAAGAAGUCUACCUUCUGCCAAUUGUCAUCAGUGACAGCGGGAACCCUCCUCUGAGCAGCACCAGUACGCUGACCAUCCGGGUCUGUGGCUGCAGCAGUGAUGGUGUUGUCCAGUCCUGCAACGUGGAAGCUUAUGUCCUUCCGAUUGGACUCAGUAUGGGCGCCCUAAUUGCCAUAUUAGCGUGCAUCAUUUUGCUGCUAGUCAUCGUGGUGCUGUUUGUCACCCUGCGGCGACACAAAAACGAGCCAUUGAUCAUCAAAGACGAUGAAGAUGUCCGAGAGAACAUCAUUCGCUACGACGACGAAGGAGGCGGGGAGGAGGACACGGAGGCCUUUGACAUCGCCACUUUGCAGAACCCGGAUGGGAUUAAUGGAUUCCUACCCCGUAAGGAUAUUAAACCAGAUUUGCAAUUUAUGCCAAGGCAAGGGCUGGCGCCGGUUCCCAAUGGUGUGGACGUGGAUGAGUUUAUAAACGUGCGGCUCCACGAGGCAGAUAACGACCCCACGGCCCCGCCCUAUGACUCCAUUCAGAUCUAUGGCUACGAAGGCCGGGGCUCCGUGGCGGGCUCCCUCAGCUCCUUGGAGUCGGCCACCUCAGACUCAGACCAGAAUUUUGACUACCUCAGUGACUGGGGUCCCCGCUUUAAGAGACUGGGCGAACUGUACUCUGUUGGUGAAAGUGACAAAGAAACUUGA